AUGCAUAUCAAAGAAAUUGUAUUAGAAGGUUUCAAAUCGUAUGCAUCUCGAACAACAGGUGGCCCAUUUGAUAAAUAUUUUAAUGCUGUGAUCGGUUUGAAUGGUAGUGGCAAAUCUAAUAUUCUCGAUUCGAUAUGUUUCGUUAUGGGCAUAACAUCAUUACAUCAUGUACGUGCAUCGGGUUUAACAGAUUUAAUCUACAAGCAAGGUACGGCUAGUAUUACUCGAGUGUAUCGAUUGUAUUCGAUAAUCGUAAUCCUGAUCAAUCGCCGGAUGGUUAUAAAAGUCAUCCAGAACUAA